CAGACCCUCCGACCCCUUUCCUCAGACCCCCUUGGAGUAAAAAAUAAUAAUUUAAAAACUAUUUACAUAUGCUAUGUAAAAAUGAUUUAAGAUAACUUUAUGAUAAAUAAAAUAAAUAAUAAAUAAAUGCCAUGAUUGGGCUUAAACUGGGGUUGGGUCCAAAAAAUCGAAAACCAAAUUAAAAUAAAUCAAUCCACAACCAAAUAAAAUCAAAUGUAAAAUAUCGAACCAGCCCGUAAUUGUUUGGUUAUGUUUUGAUUUUUACCCUUCAAAACCAAACUGAACUGAAUAAAUCGAACUAAUUAAAAUAUGAGAUUCUAUUUGUUAAUCGUUUAACAUCUAAUAUCAUCAAUAUUCUUGGGUUUUCUUGUGUUAAUUUAGUUUAUUUUAUGAAUGCUUUUACACAUUCAUUGCCUAUAAUAAUGUAGCUAUAUUGAUCUAUUAUGUCUUUUAAACUAGGGUUGGGUCCAAAAAAUCGAAAACCAAAUUAAAAUAAAUCAAUCCACAAGCAAAUAAAACCGAAUGUAAAAUAUCGAACCAGCCCGUAAUUGUUUGGUUCUGUUUUGAUUUUUACCCUUCAAAACCAAAGUGAACUGAAUAAACCGAACUAAUUAAAAUAUGAGAUUUUAUUUGUUAAUCGUUUAACAUCUAAUAUCAUCAAUAGUCUUGGGUUUUCUUGUGUUAAUUUAGUUUAUUUUUUGAAUGCUUUUAUACAUUCAUUGCCUAUGAUAAUGUAGCUAUAUUGAUCUAUUAUAUCUUUUAUUUAUGUACUCCCUCGUCCCAUAAAAUAGUCACACUUUCCUUUUUAUGUUGUUCCAACUCAUUUCCCCUUUUUGGAAAAUUUUGUCCGGCUAUCAUUCGUUUACCUUUUUUUUACUCAACCACAAUCAUACAUUUCUACUUUAUUCUCACUUUCUUAAAUUCCAAUUCAAGUCAAAGUUGAUGAUAUUUAAUGAAACAGAGGGAGUAUUUUGCAAUUUGUUACAUGAUGGUGAUAUGUUUUUACUGAGUAUUGCUACUUUGCUAGUAACUUUUAAUUUUAUGUAACUUAAAGUCUUUAUAUUGAUAGAGCAAUUAAAUAUUCAUUUAAACUAUAGCACAUAGUACGUAUAUAUUCAAACUAGUCACAAAAAAAGUAAAAAUAAGGAUAUAUACUUUUAUUUCAAAAAUUUGGAAAAAUGUAUUCUCUUCCACAUACUCAUAUAAUUCAAGACAUAUUUAUUUUCUCUUUUUUACAUUAUUUUAUUUGUUUUAAUACGCUUGCAUUGUUAUGUAAUACUCGGUAUGUUUGAUCUCCACAACUAUUGUAUCAAUUUAAACAAAAUAACAAUUUUUUGUAAAAAAUUUGAAGAAAAAAAAGGCAAAAUUGAACUAAAUCAAACCGAACCAAUCAAACUGCGGUUCCAAAUUUUGAAAUGUAAAACCGAAUCAAACCCACCCGUAGCUUAAAACCACCCAAUUGUAAAAAGAUCUUUAUAUUAUUAAUGUAAAACUGUACAUUAUAUCUUUUUACAUUGAAAUUCAUUUAAAUAAAUUAAAAUAAUUAACAUUAAAAUACACGAAUAUUUUUACGUUCAUAAUGUAAUAGUUUUUUAAAUUUAGGUGGGUUGGGACCUAGUAUGGCAUUUAGUUUUUAAUUUUAUUUAGUGUAAAGUUAUUUUAUAUUUUUGUUUAAUUGCAUAUAUCAAAUUACGUUAUUUUAUUAUGACUUUUAAUUGAAUAUCUGAAACUGCAAUUAAGUAUUUUAUAAUUAUUAUUACAUUAUUUAAUUAUUUGAUGAAAAAAUAGCAUUCUAAGGGAACGAGUAAUACAUGAAGUGACAAAUUAUAUUAUACACCCGGGUGUACAUGUACACCCGGUUUUUAAAUGACGUGACUCUUCUCCUGCAACAAACAGGAGAAAUCAGAGAUCUCAGCGACCAAGCUCACCAUCGGUCUGCUGCUCACCGUCGGAGUUCAACCCCAAGCUCAACGACCAACGACAUAGACCUCGCCAGGAAUCAACAACAAAAAAUUAGCCCGGCAAACAGGGGGAGCAGCGACCUGCUUCUACCACUAACUCUCGGUGUUGUCCGCAAUCAAUCAAACCUUUCCUUCUUGGACGGAGCACCAGACAAGAGCAGCGAAUUCUGGAUUAAAAAAAUCAGCAGCAACUUUGCCUCCGUAAAACAUCUGUCCGCUGCGUCAACAAAUUUCCGGCCAGCAACAUCUCGAGCUCUGCUUCCAAUGAAUUUCCCCUGCAAUGCACCAAAAGAAAAAAAAAGAACAGUAAAGAAGAAAAGUUACCAGCUAUUAACUCUGCUUCCAGAAAUCUCUGUAGCUAUGGGUCUUGAAAUCAAUGGUGCAAGGAUGAUUAUGCAGACCGCAGGGGUUAUAUUUAUAUAAGAGUCCUCUAGAGCAUUGUAGUUUUAUUAUGAUUCUAAUUCUAAUAUGAAGGGCCUCAUAAAUUAAUCCAACCCUUGUCAUCGCUCUCACGUGCCAAAUGAGCAUAAUGUUUAAACGAAAUGAGUAUAGACAAAUAAGGAUUUGAGU